AGUGUCCUUGGGCCAGUGUUGUUCUGACUGCCGCACUGCUAACAUGACCUGGGCCGUGCUCUUGAUCCUGGCCCUGGCGUUGGAAGUCUCAACCAUCAAACCAGCUUCUGAGUAUUUCCCCAUUUGCCACAAGAGUGACCCAGAUUUGGCGCAAUGUAUCAAAAAGAGCAUUGAAACCCUCCGUCCAAAAUUAGUGAAAGGAAUACCCGAGCUUCACCUAGUACCUCUAGAUCCACUCUUUGUACCCAAACUGGAAAUGAAGGAUGGUCAUGGAAACUUUAAAUUCCGCCAAACCCUUACAGACUUAAAUAUUUAUGGGCUGAGAAAUUUCCAAAUAAAGAAUCUAACGGUGGACAUGGACAAAAACCUGAUCACAAUUAAGUGUUUCACAAAGACAAUUGACUUUGAUGGAGACUACGACAUGGCUGGGAGAAUGAUGGUGAUUGAUUUGAAAGGGAAAGGACGAGCACUCUUCAACUUCACUGAUGUGACGACUACAGCUUGGAUGGAGAACGAGGUGGUGACCAGGGAUGGGGUCGAUUAUAACAGAGUUAAAAGCCUUAGGUGGAGGAUUGAACCUGCCAACGCCAAGUUCCACUUCACCAACCUCUUCAAUGGGGACAAAACAUUAGGAGAGGCCACUAACCAUUUCCUGAACGAGAAUUGGAAAGAAGCCUUCAGGAUCUACAGAAGUUUGCCUGAAGAGGCGUUUGGCACUUUGAUCAAAGACUUGGCCAACAGGGUGUACACGAUGUUCCCUAGAGAUGAACUCUUUCCGGAGUAGAGACAAAUUAAGUUAAUAAUAAUUGUUGAUUGUUGAAUAAACGUUUUUAGUCAAAAGA